UUCUCCCUCUGUUGGGCUUAGAAGUCUCAGAACCUAACACCCUUUUCCCCUGAGAUAUUAAACACCACAAUGCUCUCUUUCUCCCCUCUCAACCGCCACCCUUCACCUUCACUUUCACCACCACCGCCACCGCCCAAACCCUCUCUCUGUUCUCUCUGCCCUCUGCACCACUCUCUGCCUUCCAAACACGCCGCCGCCGACUUCUGUCUUCGGCGCCGCCGACCUUUCCGCGUGCGAGCCGUCGACGCCCACCAGCUGCUCGACUAUGAGUCGAAGCUGGCGGCAGCCCAUUUCCAGAGUAGCCAGCACCUCAAAAUCGCCAUCAUCGGCUUCGGCAACUUCGGGCAGUUCCUGGCGACAACCCUGGUCAGCCAAGGCCACACCGUCCUCGCCCACUCUCGCUCCGACCACUCCCAAACCGCCAAGACCCUCGGAGUCUCCUUCUUCUCCGACCCCCACGACCUCUGCGAAGAACACCCAGAAGUCAUCCUCCUCUGCACCUCCAUAAUUUCCACCCAACGGGUCCUCUCCUCCCUCCCCCUCCACCGAUUCAAGCGCAGUACAUUGUUCGUCGACGUUCUUUCCGUCAAAGAGUUCCCCAGAGACCUCCUGCUCGACCUUUUGCCCCCCGAUUUCGACUUGAUUUGCUCGCACCCAAUGUUCGGGCCCCAGAGCGCCAGGCACAGCUGGAGCGGCCGCUUCUUUGUCUACGAGAAAGUUCGAAUCGGCAACGAAAAACCCAAAAUUUCCCGGUGCGAGAAAUUCCUCAACGUCUUCGCGAGAGAAGGUUGCAAAAUGGUGGAGAUGAGCUGCGCCGAGCACGACAAGCACGCGGCGGGGUCGCAGUUCAUCACCCACACGGUGGGCAGGGUGCUGCAGAUGCUGAGCUUGGAGUCGACGCCCAUUAACACAAAGGGUUACGAGAAAUUUUUGGACUUGGUGGAGAACACCGCCGGAGACAGCUUUCAUUUGUACUACGGAUUGUUCAUGUACAACAAGAGCGCGCUGGAGAUGGUGGAGAGGUUGGAUUUGGCUUUCGAUGCGUUGAGGAAUGAGCUCUUUAGCCGGCUGCAUAAUGUGGUGAGGGACCAAUUGUUUGAGAAUAAUGCAGCCAAGGUGCAGAAUUCGCAGGAUGGUUGCACCGGCCGGUUGCUCAAGUGGUCUCUGCAGCCUGGAAAUGGAGCUGCAUUGCCAUCUUCUUCUUCGUUGACUUUGAGGUAA